AUGGAAUGCAACAAGGAAGAAGCCAUAAGGGCAAAAAAGAUGGCUGAAAAUAAAUUACUUGAAAGAGACUUUCAGGGAGCCAAAAGGUUGGCUAUGAAGGCACAGAACCUCUUUCCGGGACUGGAUGGGUUGUCACAGUUCAUUGAGAUUGUCGAUAUGCACAUCGCCAGCAGCCACAAGUUAGGUGACGCUCCUGAUUACUACGGCAUAUUGGGGGUUGCUCCAUCGGCUGAUGAUGAUACACUGAAGAGACAGUAUCGAAGAAUGGCCCUCUCCCUGCACCCUGAUAAGAACAAGUCAAUAGGGGCAGACGCUGCAUUUCAGAUACUGUCGGAGGCGUGGAGUGUACUGUCUGGAAAGGAGAGCAGAAAUGCAUAUGAUUCGAGGAUCAACGUACUGUCUCGGAGCCAAAGUGGCAGCGCUGCUUCAACAAGUACACCUACGGCCUUUCCAACUUCUGUUCAUCACCAACAAACUUCUCCAUAUCCUACAGCAAGUCCGCAGUACGGCUUUCAUGCAGAAUUGCUGAGAAAUGCACAAUACACGAGCUAUGGUGUGCCUUUCCCUCAAGGAGUGUUUGCAGGACUGUUAAAUCCAUUUCUUCAAGGUAAUAGAGCUUACCAGAAUCUAUCCCAAGGAAGCUGGAAUUUUGGAUUCACACCAGUCCCCAAUGUAAUGUAUCCACCAGUUGGAGUUCAUAAUCCAUUCCAACCUCAAAUGUCUUCAAUGAGGGCAACUGCAUCAGGCCUUUUUUCUCCACAUCCAGCAGCUCAUUAUGGUAAUGCUCCAAACACAGCGCAGUCGAGUUCAACUACCAACCAGCAAAGACCGGAUUCAUUUUGGACUAAAUGUAGUUGGUGCAGAACACAUUAUGAAUACCAUAACUUGUAUCUAAAUAAAUUUCUUGAGUGUCCUCGGUGCAAAGAGGCUUUCAGGGCAACAGAGAUCCCUGCUCCUAACCUAAAAGCCCGAGGCUCACGCUGUUGGAAUGUCUAUCGACACACUGAGGAUCUAUCGACCUUCUUGAGUCGUUUGAGAAGUGUGCCUUCAUCAGUUCCUGUAAACAGCAGAGACAUUCCUCCGGUGAUUAUGGAACCAACUCCAUCUCCGAGUUCUGCAUUGAGAAAUCCAUUAAUGGAGGAACCGAUUAAGAACUCUGAUGCUGAUUGCUCAACAAGUACGGAAGGAACGGGAAAGAAGCCUGGUCUUUCUAUCCUGAAUGUUGGGAAGCCAGAGAGCAUCAUAAGAGCAGAUUUUCAGAAGGCAGAAAAUGCCACAUUUAGGGCAUCUUCAGUAAAAGUGAAUGUCGAUAUUUCUGGCCCUGCUAAGCAGAAACUACCGAUGAAGUCUUAUACCAAGGGGCUAUCGCAUAUGGAACUACGUGGUCUUCUGAUAAAAAAGGCGAAGCAUGAACUUGUAGGCCAGCUGAAGAAAUUCGAGUUGGAACAUUCAUUGAAUAACUUUCACACUGAAGAUACUGAGACAAGGAGCGGUGGCACAUUUCCUGAUCUGAAUGUGGAAGCUCAUGAUGUGGAAGCCUGUCUCAAUGAAACUGUAUCAAUGUCUGUGCCAGAUGCCAACUUCCACAAUUUCGACAAUGGAAGAGUGGAGAAUUCCUUCUCCAACAAUCAGGUAUGGGCUGCAUAUGACGACGAUGAUGGUAUGCCGCGAUAUUAUGCCUUGGUUCAUAAUGUGAUUUCCAGAUCACCUUUUAAGCUCGAAAUCUGUUGGCUGAACUCCAAAUCCACAUCUGAGUUUGGAUCAUUUGAGUGGAUUGCUUCUGGAUUCACAAAGACUCUUGGAGAUUUCCGGGUGGGGAAAUCAAUAACAAUUAACAGGUUGAAUUCAUUCUCUCAUCCAGUGAUAUGGAAAAAGGGUCCAAGAGGAGUGAUCCACAUACUUCCAGCAAAUGGAGAUGUUUGGGCAGUCUACAAAAACUGGUCCUUCCAGUGGAGCUUCAACACUGAAAAGGAUGUAAUUCAUAAAUACGAGGUGGUUGAGGUGCUCGGAGAUUAUAAUGAAGAUCACGGAGUCAUGGUUGUACCCCUUGUGAAAGUUGCUGGAUUUACAACACUCUUCCGCCAAAUCCCCGACAACAAUGUGGUUUGGACAAUUCCGAAGGAGGAGAUGUUCAGAUUCUCCCAUCAGGUGCCAAUGUUUAAGCUGGAGGGGAUGAAAGAUAAAGAUGCACCUGAGGGGUGCUAUGAACUCGACCCGGCAGCUCUACCAUCAGAACUGCUCAAGAUUAUAACAGAAGCUGAAGCAGCCGAGGCAACCACUCAGAGGGUUUCUGAGCAUCGUGCCCUUGUUGAAACGAUGGAUCCAAAAUUAGUUGAGGGUUUUCGGAAGGGAAAUGAAGGUUCCAAACUUCUAAAGACGUAUUUUAGAAGAAAGAAAGGCAGGCAGGCACAAGGUGAAGAAGACAGAGAAUCUGUGAACAAUUCCAUGAAUGAAGAAACUUGUAUAUGA